GCAGUGUGCCGCUGCCCUGCUCCUCAUGCAACUGGCCACAGUGUCACAGGGCCUUCGUCCAUCAGACACGAGUGACCACGACAAGCCCAAAGUGAAUCUGCCAAGAACCUGCGAAAACACCUUCAGUGGCAGCAAGUGUUGUGGCUGCGGGCCACCUCGCGAAGCCAUUGGGAACCGUGCAAAAGAUAAGUGGCUCAAGGAAACCAGCAAGACUUACGGCUACAUUGACAGCAUGUGUUCCAAAAGCAGCAAGCCCGAUGAUCUCAAGAUUUGCUGCCCGCUCUGGGCGGUGGACUGCAAGCAGGAGGACUACUAUUUUCAGCAAGGUCUGGAGAGGGACUGCGCUGCGCCGCCUCGAGAGUGCAAAUACUAUGAGUGCCGUGAUGUCUCGCGUCUCCUCGAAAAGCUGGAUAAGCAGUUCUAUCGAGCAACCUUGUUCGACGACGAGCCGGAGGACACUUUGGAAGAGCGGCUUCGAAAAGACUCGGAUGCCAGCAUCACUGGACAUGGUACCUUUUGCAGCUGUGCCUGUGGAGAGCUCAUGGAUGAAGAGAAGUUGACCUGCAAAGCCCUGAACUCCUCAUUUGUUUGCUCCAACACGCGGCCGUGCUGUCGUCGUCUGUCCGAGGACUGUGCUAAAGACGACCCUUGGCCAAAGGAGGUCAGGACGAAGACUCGAGAGGUAUCAAAAGCGCAGGCGGUGGAUGCAACGGCAAAAAAAGUCGCAAGCAAACUUCUGAAGGCCUUGAAGAACUUGGAGCGGAAGUGCGUCAAGAGCUGCGACGUCUUGCGAAAGUCUGAGUGCGUCGCGCACCUGAGCACGGUGGUUGAGAAGGUCACCUUCGGCAAGGAUGUCACAGUCCAGUCCAAACUGGAAGAAGCACGCUUCGCCAUGCUUCUGGCAUACAACGAGGAGCAUCCCGACGAGGCGACAUGGGAGUCCUCGACGCAGAGGGUGUUCAAUGCCUACGAAUAUGAGCUCGACAAAGCUCUUGAGGAG